UGACAAGGAUGGCUCGAGUUGUGACGUGGAAGAGAGAAUCCUAUCUGGCAAUAUGAAAUGGACAGGGGCCUUUAUGUCAUAGCCCAGAACACAAAAACGAUGGCGUUUUGAGGGUUCCAUGCGUCCUUUUUAGACGAGUCUGGUCGUCAAUGUUCCCUGUUUUGUGUAUGGAACUUAUACCACCAUGAGCAACAGCAGAGAUCGUGGGAUUGGAGGAGAUGCAUCGGACGAUGAGGGUAGGAGCAUUUAUGUGAGCUCCGUUGGUAGUGCUGGAGCCAGGAUGAAGAAAAGAUUCGUUGCCCCGAAAUGCAAUUGUGGGAUUCAUGCAAUUCUAUUCAUGUCAUCAACAAAGUCGAACCCUAAGAGGUUAUUCUUUGGAUGCCCAAAUUUUAAGAUUGCACAAGGUGGUUGCAAAUAUUUUCAAUGGUUGGAUGAAUAUGUUUCACUAUUUGAAGAGGAGCAAAUAAAUAAUGGCAGUCCUUAUGCUCGGAAUCGAAAGCCAAAAAAUUUUUUGGAUACUGAUUUUUGGAUGGAGGAGAAAGUGACAAGGUUAGAGGAUAGAGUUUCUGGGAUAGAGUUGCAGAUGAAAAAUUCUAGCCAGGAUAAGUGUAAUAGGUGGUUUAGUUAUCCAUUGAUAGUUAUUGUAUUUGUCUUUGGAGUUGUAUGUGCAAAUUAUCUCGUUUAGAGUGGAUAGUGGAUAGUUAGUGUAUCUUGUUUGUUUUGUGUUGGAAGUUGCUGUUGCUGAAUUAGAUGUAUUGUAUCAGUUAACAGUGUAAAUCUGAGUUUAUUAAAUGAAACAAGUGUGUUGGUUGUUUGGAAAAGAGACAUUAUGUAAAUGUGUUAUAAUCGAAUCCUUUCAUACCAUGAAAAGCAAUUCAGUAAUAACUAACAGUAAUAUAUAACAUUAACAACUACAAACAGCCACCAAAUGUCAACAUGUUGUUCACAAAAUAACCACAAAAGUGGGCAAUUUAUAGCCCUAUACCAACAUCAGCAACACCAAAAUAAAAAGAUUAUUGUUGACCCUUAAUUCACAUAUGCUAUGAAAACACAAAGCAAAAAACUGUUUGUGGUGGCUAUAUGUAAGCUAGUUUAUCAAAAAGUCAGCAUAUUCUUUUAACUUGAUAUAAACCUAGGACUACACUUCUAGUUCUUCCUAGGAGGCCUAAAUCCAGGAGUGGGGAUAAACUUGAAUAGUCUUGAUGCAGUUCCGGAAGCUGCUGCAGCCAUUGUCUCGGCACUAAGACCAUGUGGGUUGACUUGGUUUAGGCAUCCUUGAUCCAGUAGGAACAUUAGUAUCAUUGUUGGGUGGAAUUUCCAUGUUGGUAGGAGUGGGAGGCCUGAAGUGAGGUCCAAUAGUUGGAGGAAUUUGAUUCACCACAGAACCUUGAACAAAGGUGGAUGAGAUUGGUGGCCUCACAAUUGGUUGCUUCAUCCUUUGUGGAGGUGGGUUAUUGAAGGUGGGGGUGUCAGAUGCUCCCUGCAAACCAA